AUGGUGGCGGGUGCAGAGUCCGAGAAGAGAUUCAGAGUGAACAGCUUUGUGUCAGACUUCGGAAGACCUCUGGAGCCAGAUAAAGUAUUUUCUCGACAGGGCAACGAGGAAUCCAGGUCUCUCUUUCACUGCUACACCAAUGAUGUGAAACGCUUGGACAAGGCUGACGCCUGUCACCAGGCUACGGCCCCCAGCAGCAGUGUGCAGCUCCGGGAGGUCCGCAGGGGCCGCGGGCAGCUGGAGGAGGGGCUGGACAGGCUCAGGGACUUCGACAUCCCCAACCCCAACUUUGUGAACACGGACCAGAGCUCCCCCUUUGGAGAGGAUGAGCUUCUGAUUUCAGAACCAUCUAUCGUUCUAGAAAAUAAGCCUGUUUCCCAGGCCUCAGACAAGGACCUGGAUUGAGAAAAAUGCUCUGUAAAGUGUUUUCCUGAUGAUGUUGGGUCGUUGUGUAGCAAGAAAGCUCUCACCAAAAUUGUGCGUGGGGGUGUGUGAGAGACAAAGAGACGGGACAGAGAGACAGAAGGCCCCCUCCGAGCUGAUCAAGCUGAGUUUUUAUGCCUUUAAACACAUUGGGGCCUCUUUGGGGAAUACCGUAUUUACACCAUCUCACCCUCCUUGCUGAAAGCUUGGCCGCAUGCUCAGCGUCAGCGUUCCUGGACGGGGGCCAGCGCGCUGCGCACCAUUCUGGCCCUGCCCCCAGAGUGCUCCACCUUGAGCAAACUGCUUUACCUCUCCGGCUGCCACAGCUUUAACCGUGAGGUGAAGGGUCUGGAGCAGAGGAUGCAUCCCAGCUCUAAUCAUUCAUGAAUUUGUGACUGCCUCUAGACAAGGCUGGGAUACACCUAAGGCAGUGUACACUAAGGCACCGCCUCCUAGCUCUGGUUAUAGGAUCCCCUAUGUCUCUGCCUUAACCUGCCCCAACUUUUGUCAGGGGCCUGAGCGUCUACCAGGAUGUCAGGAGACGUGUCCCACACAGCCACUGUGGCCGGCAUUUGCUUCGGCUCUGCUGGAAGAGCUCUUCUGGGAGCCUCUGGCCACCCCUACUCAGACCUGGGGACAGCUCUGGCACGCCUCCCCUAGAAUCAUUACCCAUCUGGGGCAUAUCACACAGCACUCCCAUCCCCAGGAAGGGCAGGGGAGGCUGUCUGCUGGGUGAGGGAGGUGCCGUCUGUGUCUGUGCUGGUGUAUCUGUGUCUGCUCACACUGCUCUGCCACUGGCUGCUGAGCAAGACAAGUGCCAUUUGCCAUACUCUCUAUUUCCUUGGUAAAUGUGUAGGUCAUAGCCAUGAGGCUAGUGUGUGGGCUUUGAGCUGAGAUGGUGAAUGGGUCAUAAGUACACCGCCAACGAUAUUCAAGGUGGCCUGGUGCAACACAGUUAAUUUCAUGAAGAAAUCAAACCUACAUGAUGAUAUUGGAAACGACUUGAUUUUGCACACACAGUCAGUUGUGUGCCUGGCCUGAUGCUAAUCUCUGGGUGGCAUUUUCAUUAUAAAUUUGUUUACCACCUGUCUUGCUUAAGCAAAAAAAAUAA